AUUGGUGUGGGAUUUGUGAUGCCACUCAACAAGUGGCAUUACAUAAUAAAGUGUACCUCCGAAGCCAAGUGCGCAUUAGGUCUGGCACAGCAUCUGUGGACACCAACACAAGCUGGGGAAAGAAGCCCGACUGGGCCGGCCAGCCGGACUAUCUCUGAUGCAUCUGGGAAGCGUCUGGCAACACCAGAGAAAGUGGCUGCUGUGAAGAACUGCCUGGAGAAGUACAUCGGGGAACAUCCGAUGGGGCCACCAGCACCACCUUGCUUCUGUAACAAAGCACCUUUGGAGCUUCUUCACAGAAGCGGGCGCGAGGGCAAGCGAGUAUGGAAGAUGUGAAUCGCCUUAACCUAUUGCAUUUUUUCAAUAAAGUCUGAAGAUAUGGAACAUAUUAUGGUGCUAUACAUUGAUUCCUUAUGGCAUGAAAAUGUAGCGGCAUACUUGGCCACAUGUAGAUACAGACUGCACACUUUGCAAGACUCAAGAACGCAUGAAGAUAGCCCAUCAUGAGCUUCCUAAGUGCAAUGGCUGCUCCUUCGAUUCAUUACACAACCUGCAUUUGAC